AUGGUUUAUGAGGCAAAACCAUUUGAUCCCAUAACGGUAAAACCCAACGAGAAGAGAAGAGUGGCUUACUUUUACGAUGCCGAUGUUGGAAACUUCUCAUAUGGGCAGUAUCAUCCGAUGAAACCGCAUAGGAUAAGAAUGGCACACUCAUUGAUUAUGAACUAUGGGCUGUACAAAAAGAUGGAAAUAUACAGGGCGAAGCCCGCAACAAAGCAGGAAAUGUGUCAGUUCCACACCGAUGAAUACAUCGAUUUCCUAUCUCGAGUCACUCCCGACAAUCUGGAAUUGUUUAAAAAGGAGAGUGUCAAGUUCAACGUUGGUGACGAUUGCCCUGUUUUCGAUGGCUUGUACGAGUACUGCAGCAUAUCUGGAGGAGGCUCCAUGGAGGGCGCGGCAAGACUAAACAGAGGCAAGUGCGAUGUCGCAAUCAACUACGCUGGCGGACUGCACCAUGCAAAGAAGGCCGAGGCUUCAGGGUUUUGUUACUUGAAUGACAUAGUUCUAGGCAUAAUUGAGCUGCUGAGGUAUCAUCCACGAGUACUGUACAUUGAUAUCGAUGUGCACCAUGGCGAUGGUGUCGAGGAAGCUUUUUAUACCACUGACCGGGUCAUGACCUGUUCGUUUCACAAAUACGGUGAAUUCUUCCCUGGAACCGGAGAAUUGAGAGACAUCGGUGUCGGUAGCGGUAAAUACUACGCCGUCAACGUUCCCUUACGAGACGGUAUCGACGAUGCAACCUUCAGAAAUAUAUUCGAGCCUGUCAUUGCCAAAAUAAUGGAGUGGUACCAACCUGCCGCCGUGGUUCUUCAAUGUGGUGGUGAUUCCCUUUCCGGCGACAGACUGGGAUGCUUCAAUUUGUCCAUGAGCGGACACGCCAACUGUGUAAAUUAUGUGAAGUCAUUUGGUAUUCCUAUGAUGGUCGUCGGGGGCGGUGGAUACACAAUGAGGAAUGUCGCCAGGACCUGGUGUUUCGAAACGGGUCUGCUAAAUAACGUCAUCCUGGACUCAGAAUUACCGUAUAACGACUACUACGAGUAUUAUGGGCCGGACUACAAACUGGACGUGAGGCCCUCCAAUAUGUUCAAUGUUAAUACCCCCGAAUAUCUAGACAAGAUCAUGUCAUCAAUUUUCGAAAACUUGGAAAAUACAAAAUACGCUCCAAGCGUCCAAUUGACUAAUGUCCCCAAGGAUCCUGAAGACUUGGGAGACGUGGAAGAAGACACCGCAGAAGCCAUGGAUACGAAAGGCGGCUCACAAUACGCCAGAGAUCUACAGAUCGAGAGAGAUAAUGAAUUUUACUGA